AUGCAAUUGGACAGUUGCACAACCAUCAACGGUAGAAACCAAAUGUUUUAUCAAUAUCCGAAUUGGUUCCCAAUUUUGUUCGCGUGCUAAAAAAAGUUACGGACACAAAGUAUACGAUACAAGCCGGCCGGUUAUACGGUUUUAACCGUGUUUCUUAUAAACGAUGGCAGCAAGAGGUACCGAAUCAGUAACCAAUUCUUUUUGCGGGAAAAAGCGGCGUUCUAUGGAGAAGUUUUUGACGGAAUUCGACUUGCUGAAAGAAGAAACCGGUUUAAAUUAUACGAAUUUUCAUUCGAUUUGCGCGGCACUAUUCCAGCCGCAUGAACUCGAAAAGGAAGAACGGAGACUUGAAGACAUCUUCAAUUUAUUCGAUGGCGAUAACGAUGGUAUUUUGAAAGGACAGGAAUGGAAAAUAUUCAUCCAUUGGUUGCGAGUAAUUUUUGAACCAAUAACUGCACUCCUCGUCGUAGAUGUGCAAAAUGAUUUUAUCGACGGAUCUUUAGCUCUCCGUCGAUGUGGAUGUAAUCAGGACGGAGUUGAUGUGAUUGAACCGAUAAAUCGUUUAAUAAGAAAAGGGCAUUUUGAUAAUAUUAUUUAUUCUUUGGACUGGCACCCAGAAAAUCAUAUUAGCUUUCAUGAAAAUUUACAUUUACGUGAAUUGCAUCUAGAUUCAAAGGUGACCAAGGAAAAUGCGAAGCCGUUGAGUACCGUAAUUUUCGCGGAACCUUAUAUGGAACAAAUACUUUGGCCCAAACACUGCGUCAUGAAUACAUGGGGGGCCCAGUUGCACAAAGACCUGGUGAUUGUGCCACAUUCAGAGCAGGUACGCAAAGGUCAACAUCCGGAGUUGGAAGCUUACUCGGUAUUUUUCGAUAACAAUUCGAAAAACUCCGUGGAAUUGCAAACAAUUCUGCGUAAAUCAGGCGUCACACAUGUAUUUGUAUGCGGUUUAGCUUACGAUGUUUGCGUAAAAGCGACCUGUUUAGAUGGACUUCGAUUAGGAUACGCGUUAGCGGUGAUUGAUGAUUGUUGCCGCGGCGUCGAUACGAAUAACAUCGAGACUACAAAAGAGCUAAUUAUUGAGAAUGGAGGUCUGAUCACCGACAGUAACACCGUGCUGUCGUUGGUGAACGAGGGAAAACGGAGUCUUAUCAUGAGCCAUCAAUCUGCAAAGGCAAUGACCUCGAUUCUGUCCUCCGGAACAUCCGCGAAUGAUUCUGAAACAAUAGAUUAUAUAUAAUAGAAUAUAACAUUCUAUGUAUAGGAGAGUAGAAACAGAUUAUUAUUCCAUAGUUUAUUUAAAAAAGAACUUUCCGUUUCUUACAGAUCGCUUCAAUGUCUUCGCGAGACUCUUAUCGCUUAGUAACGAUUUUAUGAGAAUCUUAUCUCGUAUAGUACCUGCAACUAGUAUAUCUUAAAUCAGGGAUAAUGGUACCUUGAUGUUUCAAAAACAUGUAUAGUUUUAUGGUCAUUGAAUAUCCAUAUCAAGUACAGUGGUACCUCAGUAUACGUUUGCUUUGGAAUACGUCCUGUUUGGACGUGACAAAUUUUGCUCGGUAUACGACAUAAAUUUUUUCUGUGAAUUUUGCGUCAUUUUUAAAUAAUUAUCUCAGAGGAAAAAUUAAAUUAAUAAUCAAUUAUAUUCGGAGUUGAUGUAUCAUUAACUGACUGAUCAUACAAGUAAGGAUAUCAUAUAACAAGCCAUAACCGCAAAACAGGAGGCAAUAAAAUUUAUUCUAUUUGGUUUGUUAAUUUAUAAUCUACCAUUAGGUUACAUUUAUAUUUUACAAAUUAAUUAUGUUAAAUAAACUAGUGAAUAUUUUUUAUAAACUUGUAGGAAAUCGU